ACUAGGGAAAUGGCCCGCUUCCUCGAAGGGGUUUCUCGGCGGCCCCUGACGGUGAGAAGCAGCAGCAAAAGCCGGCGAGGAGGAGGAAAGAGCGGGAAGUCUUCCCAGAUGGACGUCCCCUCGGAGCUGCCCAGCGAAGCGAGGGCGGGAGGACAGCCCCCGGGCCAGCCCACAGACGCUCCGAGGGCGCGGACCUGGCGGAGGCGCCCCAGAAGGCGGCGCCUGUCGGAGGAAGUUUGCCCUUUAAUUGCAGAGCCGGGUCAGCCGUCGCAGGCACCUCCAGGAGCGAGCGCCGAGCGCCGACGGGAGCUGUCAGCGCGGCCCGGCGUGCACCGCCCGCACCGCGGCCAUGGGCGGCUCGGCCUCCAGCCUGCUGGACGAGGGCAAGUGCAGCUACAUCCGAGGGAAAACUGAGGCUACUAUCAAAAACUUCAGUCCCUUCUAUAGUCGCCAGUACUCUGUGGCUUUCUGCAAUCAUGUACGCAGUGAAGUAGAACAGCAAAGAGAUUUAACCUCACAGUUUUUGAAGACCAAGCCGCCAUUGGAGCCUGGAACUGUUCUAUAUGAAGCAGAGCUAUCCCAGUUUGCUGAAGACAUAAAGAAAUGGAAGGAGCGGUACAUUGUGGUUAAAAAUGAUUUUGCUGUGGAGAGCUAUGAGAACAAAGAGGCCUAUCAGAAAGGAGCGACUCCUAAAAGCCGAAUUCUUCCAGCUGGGGGCAAGGUGUUAACCUCAGAAGAUGAAUAUAAUUUGUUAUCUGAUCGGUUCUUCCCCGACCCUAUUGCCUCCAGUGAGAAGGACAACGCCCAGCCCUUUGUGGUCUUGCCCAAGGAAUUCCCGGUGUACCUGUGGCAGCCGUUCCUCAGACACGGCUACUUCUGCUUCCACGAGGCCGCGGACCAGAAGAAGUUCAGCGCUGUCCUCAGUGACUGCAUCAGACAUCUGAAUCAUGAUUACAUGAAGCAGACGACGUUCGAAGCCCAAGCGUUUCUGGAAGCUGUCCAGUUCUUCCGUCAGGAGAAGGGACACUAUGGCUCAUGGGAAAUGAUCACUGGGGAUGAAGUCCAGAUCCUGAGUAACCUGGUGAUGGAGGACCUCCUGCCAACCCUUCAGACGGACCUCCUGCCGAAAAUGAAGGGGAAGAAGAAUGACCGAAAGAGGGCCUGGCUCGGCCUCCUUGAGGAAGCCUACAACCUGGUUCGACACCAAGUUUCAGAAGGACUAAGUGCCUUGAAGGAGGAGUGCCGUGCUCUGACGAAGGGCCUGGAGGGGACCAUCCGUUCAGACAUGGAUCAGAUCGUGAACUCGAAGAACUUUUUAAUUGGAAAGAUCAAAGCCAUGGUGGCCCAGCCCGCAGAAAGAAGCUGUGCGGAGAAUGUGCAACCGUUCUUGGCGUCCAUUCUGGAGGAGCUCAUGGGGCCAGUGAGUUCAGGAUUCAGUGAGGUGCGCUCACUCUUUGAAAAAGAAGUGGAUGAACUUAGCCAGAACUUUCAGACCACCAAAGACAGCGCCCAGCUUAAGGAGCACCUAGACCGGCUCAUGAAUCUUCCACUGGAUUCCAUGAAGAUGGAACCUUGUUACAGUAAAGUCAACCUGCUCCAGGAGCGUUUGCAGGAUCUCAAGAGCCGCUUCCGAUUCCCCCACGUGGACCUGGUGGUCCAGAGGACCCAGAACGACAUGCAGGAGCUGAUGGAGAACGCGGUGUUCACCUUCCAGCAGCUGCUUUCCGCACACCUCCAGGGAGAGGCCGCCAAAACUGCAGUCGCCAUCGAGAAGGUUAAGCUCCGAGUCUUAAAGCAAUAUGAUUAUGACAGCAGCACCAUCCGGAAGAGGAUAUUUCAAGAGGCACUGGUUCAAAUCACACUUCCCACCGUGCAGAAGGCACUGGCAUCCACGUGCAAACCAGAGCUCCAGAAAUACGAGCAGUUCAUUUUCGCAGAUCACACCAAUAUGAUUCAUGUGGAAAAUGUCUAUGAGGAGAUUUUACAUCAGAGCCUCCUUGAUGAAACUCUGAAAGUGAUAAAGGAAGCUGCUCUCCUGAAGAAACACAACUUAUUUGAAGACAACAUGGCCUUGCCCAGUGAAAGUGUGUCUAGCUUAACUGAUCUAAAAACCCCCUCAGGGUCAAACCAGGCCAGCCCUGCCAGGAGAGCCUCGGCCAUUCUGCCAGGAGUUUCACAGAGCGAGACACUGAGUAACGAAGUGUUCCAAGAGUCAGGGGAGAAGAAGCAGCCUGGGGUCCCUAGUCCAUUGGCCAAAGGAGAAAGCCUGUCUUUCCCUGUCCCCACCCCUCCCCCAGAUGGCACCAGACAGGGGACUCCAAGCACGGAUGACCCUGUUGUGGCUCUUGUGACUACAGAGGACACGGCAGGAGCCCUGAGCACACCCUCGUCAGAGCUGGAGUUUGGAGGGGCUCCUAAGGAUGGAGAACCCACCCACGAAAAGCCAGAAGCCAGCUCUGUCUUGGGCUCCUUAAAGGAGCUCCGAAAUUUGUUGACGGUGACCAUUGAAGUGCCAGUGGAAUCGGCCACCCUCGAGAUGGAGAAUGCUUCCCGUGAAGAGACCCGUGCUCCCCCAGAAAUGGAAAAAUUAGAGGAAACAACCCAGAUCGACACAGAGGCCGAUCAAGCAGUUGCCUCCAGUCGAGACAGCUGUGAAGGGAGCGAAAUCAGUGGGAGGGAGGCCUGUUCUCCCGCUCCGGAGGAGGAGGCGGAGGCUGGCAGGGUGGAGCUGGGGGGCUUGCUGGGGGCUCAGCUGGCCUGUGAAGGGCUCACCGAGGGUGCCAGCAGCGCAGGCCCCCCAGAGCAGCAAGCAGAGGCCGGGGAGCCCACUGAGAGGGAGCUCACUGAGAGGGAGCUCGCAGCAGGGGCUUCCAGACCGGAUGCCCAGGAAGGAGAAGGGGUCGAGGCCAUGGUGGAGGGUGAGGCCAGGCCCCAAGAAGGUUGCAUCUCCAGCGCUCACCCCAGCUGCCUCGACGAGAGCCAGGGUUCAGCGGAAGAAGCCCUGGGAGGGACCAGCAGCCUGGCCCAGACUACCGCUGCCGGUGUGGGUACAGAGAGGGUUAAGCCUGCUGGUGUCCACGAGUGCCAGUGGGUAGUGGAGAGUGCGCCAAACUUCGAUCUGCUCGGUUCCCAAGAGGCGGGGGAGAGUACCCUAGGGCAGCCCUCCGAAGAGUGAAAGGGACAAUUUGGCAUAAGUAUUUCUUUGCACAAACUCAGCCAAAGGUUAAUAGGUGUGGGUAUGCUUAGGGGUUGCACACAAGCUGUUACCAAAAAAAAAAAAAAAAAAAUUUUAAGUACUUCCUUAACGUGUGUAAUGAAACCAGAGGAAGUGCACACGGGCCAUGCACACUGAGGCAGACCUUUAUGAACUGAACUGCUCUACCGUGAUUUACAGCUUUAGCAUUUUGGUGGGACGUGUUCAGGGUGAGAGGCAGCUGAGGAUGUUGGAGGGAGACAGUGGCGUUCCAGUAAAGACGAAGAAAACAGUAGGUGCACAGUUUCCAGUACACUGCAUGUUUUCCUCUAAUGUACUUAGAGGCUUUUUAAUUUUGGGUAGGAAUGCAAAGGUAUAUUGGAAAUCCGGCUUCACCAACCACUAGCAACCUCGCUGGCUCUGAAGGGCUCAGCAUCCAUCCACAGCCAGACUGCGGACAGGGGUCGCUGGAAAAGAAGGGCAGUGCCCGAGAGAUAAUGCCCGAGACAGCCCUGGGCAAGCAGAGCAGCAAUGGAGGAAGGUUGCGGUCUGUGGGGCUGUCUGAGCCUGUUACUAAUUCUGCUAUCAAUUU